UUGAAAUCUGAAGGAGAGAAGGGAGACAGCGCAGGGUGAUUACUAUGAGACAACCCUGAGUUAUCCCACGAGAUGUCUCCAGGAGUAACCCCAUGACAGACCAGGAGUGACCCAGGAGACAGAAAAAUACUGAUCCUGCUAAGGAGUAAUCCUAUCACACCCGGAGUGACCUGGGCACAAGGUUAGGGAGCCAACCAGCAAAUACUAAUAUCUCAAAGAUCAGCUGGUGUCUGGAAAUGCACCUCUACACACCCACAGACUGAGACAGCACCCCAGGAUUUACAGAGGGGUGGUCAGGGAUCACCUGUGAGUGCCAGUCUGGGCAGUGCCAACUUCCUAUGGAUUAAUGGAUUGGGGCUGGUAAAGCAGGUUCUGGAAGCUUUCACUGCAGCUUUUGCAACCUUGUAACUGAUGAGAAACCAGAACACAUUUCAAUCUCUAAAAUAAGGACAAAUGAAUGAUCACCAUGCCACCCGGAAUGUUCCUGUUUGCUGCCUUCUGUUUCCUAGGCAUACCAGUCUCUGGAAUCUUACCAUAUGCAAGUUUUUCACAGAACAACACAAAAUUCAACCAUCUCACAUUGGAUGCCAACACAGGGACCCUUUACCUUGGAGCUACAAACUUCCUUUACCAAUUGACUGAGGAUCUAGUGUUGGAGACCAAAGCUGAGACUGGACCAGUUUUAGAUAGUAAAGACUGCUUACCACCUGUAUCCAAGGAAGACUGUCCUCAUUCACAAUACACAGAUAACCAUAACAAGCUCUUGUUGGUUGUUCCAAGCCAAGAAGAGCUCAUUGUCUGUGGUAGUGUACACCAAGGUAUCUGUGAGAAGAGGCAUUUAGGGUCAGUUAAGAAUGUUCUUUUUAGACCGGCAAGACCUGUAGACACCCAAUAUGUUGCUGCAAAUGACCCAAAUGUAACUACAGUUGGUUUGGUUGGUCUCUCUAAAGAUGGAACACCUUUGUUGUUUGUGGGUCGGGGUUACACCAGUAAGGGGACGGGUGGCAUCCCUCCAAUUACCACUCGGAAUUUGGAGGUGGGAGAUACCAGGGAAAUGGACUCACAUUCUGUCUUUUCCUAUGAAGACACAGCAAAAUUAGCAGUGGUUGGGCGGCUUUCGGAGUAUAACCACCAUUUCAUCACAGCUUUCACUCAUCGGUCCAGUGUUUACUUCCUCUUCUAUCGACGAGACCUCAAAUCACUGUCCCGGGAGUACAAGACUUACAUUUCUCGCAUUUGUCCUGAUGAUUCACAUUACUAUUCCUAUGUGGAGCUGCCUCUAAGUUGUGUAGGUAAAGAAAAGACCUAUAACCUUCUUCAGGCAGCCUAUGUUACCCAACCUGGAGACUUGUUAGCAAAAGGCCUGAUACACACACAGGGGGAUGUUCUGUUUGCAGCCUUCUCCCCAUGGCAGCCCGCUUCUGGGAAAGUGAGUGAGGAAUCGGCUUUGUGCUUAUUCUCUAUGGAUCAUAUUGAUCGCUCAAUUAAUCAGACAAGAGACACUUGUUAUACCAAGGACGGAAAAGGAGACGAUGGUAAAGAAGUGGCCUAUAUCGAGUAUGAUGUGAAAUCACACUGUGUCCAGUUACCGUCGGAUACCCUUGAUGCUUAUCCAUGCGGCUCAGACCACACUCCAAGUCCAAUGGCAAGUCGAGUACCUGUGAACGCACAGACUGUGUUUGAGAGUUCCAACAUACAUUUCACAGCCAUAGCUGUUCACGUGGAGGGGGAGCACACCAUUGCAUUCAUUGGAGACAGCAAAGGACAACUUAACAAGGUGUAUAUCGGAGGCAAUGGGGAAGCACUUCAGUAUGACCAUUUUGCCAGUCAGUCGAAGACACCUGUAGCCAGUGACCUAUUAUUUGAUCAAGCAGAGAAACAUCUAUAUGUCAUGACUCAGUCCACGGUAAUGAAGGUUCCCCUGUCUGAAUGUUCUCUGCACACUGACUGUGACUCGUGUCUUUCUUCUGGGGACCCCUACUGUGGGUGGUGUGUCCUCCAUGGCAAAUGCAGCAGGCGCCAUGAGUGUGCACGUGCAGAGCAGAGUUAUCAAUGGCUUUGGGCACAUGAUUCAAACCAGCAGUGCCUUACGGUGCACUCCCUGAGUCCAGCAAACAUCAGCAAAGAAGAGAAGAGAAAUAUCUUCCUUUCCAUUCCUGAGUUACCUUCACUGGAGCAUGAAGAAUCGUACUCUUGUUUUUUUGAGGAUUAUGAGAGCCGUGCUGUGAGGACAGACACUGGAGUUAUGUGUCCUUCCCCGGAUCCCAGCAAAGCUCCUGCCAUCAAGCCAGGCACAGAUCACAUACAAGUGAAGUUGCUUCUUCAGUUUGGGGAAGUUGUAAUAUCCAUUACCGAAUUUACAUUUUAUGACUGCACAGCAGUAGUACAACUCUUAAAGUCAGCUCCGUGCCGCGGGUGUGUGAAUAGUGACUGGGGUUGUAACUGGUGCAUCCAGCAGCAUCUGUGUACCCAUAAAGCAACCUGUGAAGAGGGCAGCAUCAUAUACAACAAGCUGACUCAAAUUCCAGUUCCAGAACCAUCUGUCCCCCCUGAGAUAACUACAGAGUCACAAACUACAACUGCUCCUUUGACCACCCAUCCUGAAACAAGUCCCACUCCUGUCCCAGAAACCACUACACCUACCACUACGAGUACAACUAUAGUUAUCGUUGACACCACACCUACGCCAGUCCCUACCACUGUGCCAACCACUUUGCUGCAUACUACCACAGUACCUACUACAGAACCAAGCACUAUUCCACAGACACAACCUACUACAAUUGACGUCACCACCGAGGAUACAACUCCAGAAAUUAUAACGCAACUUUCAACAGAAGAGCCAAACUCUAUCCCUACAAUAAGCUUGACCACUGAGUCUUUGGAACUACCUACAAACCCACCUACAACAGAAAAUACGUUUCUUGCCCUUACUCCUGGGAAAGAUGACUUUUUGGAUCUUUCGACCAAUGAGAGUCCAACCACUUCAAAUGUUGCUACCAUGCCUCCUCUUGCUCCUGCACCAACGGUUUAUGAUGAUGAAAGUGAAACCACAUUAGUUCAUACAACAGUUCUCCCUACUCCAGAGGAGAUUACUUCUCCUGUCCAAUCCAUCUCAACCAGUACUGAGUCAAUGAAUGUUCCUUCUUUGCCUUACUUUCCUGACGAUCUAGAGAGUGAAGUGCCAUUCUCAGAAGCUCCACCAACUGUUAUAGUGAAGAUGCCGCAUGAGGAAAGUUUGGACCAUAUUGAGGCAGAUGACUGGGUAGAUUCUGCUGUUAUGGAAAAUGACACCUCAUCUUUCUCAGCGUCCACAGUCCUCUCUGGAGAUGGAGACAGUGACGUAGUAUCUCCAAAUUUCCCUGGUAUCAUAGAACCUGGAUUGGACUAUCAGUAUGAUUCUCCUGGUUUCAUUGAACUGAAUGAAGAAGAAUUGUUCUGGGGGCCAGAAGCCUGUCCCUGUGUGGAAAGUAUCCAGAGCUCCCCUCUGCUGCCAGUCAAUGUGGAACGGAAGAUCACUUUAAUUGGAAAGAACUUUCAUCACUAUCAGGAUCAGCAGCUGGACUACAAGUGUGUCCUGAUCUUGGAGGGCAGAGCUGUAGUCACCAACGCUUUUGUAGAAUAUGACCCUCUGCAACAGUCCAGAUACUACAUUACCUGCCAGUCACACCAGUACAGCUAUUCUGCUCCCCAACCAGAAUUUAAGGCCAUGGUUUUUGUGCAGAGACAGCAGGACCUGAGAAUAGACAGUGCUGAAGAUCUGCAUGUGACUCUGUAUAAUUGCUCCGUGGGACACUCGGAUUGUAGCCGGUGUCAGACAGCUGAUCCCAAGUAUAACUGUGUUUGGUGCGGAGGGGCUCGUCCAAGCUGUGUCUUCCAGGGGUCCUGCACGAAUGAGGUUGAAGGGACGUGCCCUGCCCCAGUUAUUCAUUCAAUUGAGCCACUUUCAGGCCCGGUGGAAGGGGGGACAAAGAUUACCAUCACUGGUUCCAAUCUGGGACAGAAACUGGAUGAUAUUGUGGACACUGUAUCUGUGGCUGGAAUCCCUUGUAUAGUGGAUUCUCUUAAAUAUGAAAUCUCUAGCAGCAUUGUGUGCAUAACGGGAGAAAGCACGCUUGAGCGGUCAGGACACGUUUCUGUGGAAGUGGCCGGAGGGGGCCAUGGCUCUUUUACCCAGGUCUUUAUAUACCAGAACCCAGUGCUAACAUCAAUUUUCCCAUCUCGUGGUCCAAAGUCUGGAGGGACAAGGCUGACUAUUACAGGAUCCAAGUUGCUGACUGGACGUCCAAGUGACAUGGGCGUCCUAAUUGGUGAUAUCCCUUGUUACAUCUUCUCAGAAAUGAAGGAAAAUCAGAUAGAAUGCCUAACGGGUCUGAUUAAUGCAACGGCUGAACUCCCAGUAACCAUCAAGUAUGGCGAGCAGGAGCGCAGAUGUUACAACUCGCUAUUUACCUACACCCCGGAUCCUAAUAUCACCUCAGCCAGCCCCGCAAAGAGCUUCAUUAGUGGAGGUCGAGUGAUUUUGGUAAGCGGUCAGAAUCUGGAUGUAGUACAAGCCCCAAAAAUCAGGGUGACAGUCUCCCCAAUAGAACGGCAGCGGAGAAAGCGCAGUAUGGCGAGACACCGUCGUAUUGUCCCAGAGACUGGAUGUGAUGAAAAUUCUCUGUGUAAUGUUCAGCAGUAUGAAGAGAUUUGUCAGAUAAAUUCAUCUUUCCUGCUGCUGUGUAAGGCGCCAGCCAUUAACCCUUUGCACUGGAAUGCUCGGGUCGAUGUUGAAUUCAUAUUGGACAAUUUACAUUUUAACUUCAGUGUAAUUAACAAUUCCCCUUUUACAUAUGAACCUGAUCCAGUACUUAAGCAACUCAAUUCUGAGGAUUCUGCAAAACCCUAUCGUCACAAGCCCGGGAGCGUCAUCUCUGUAGAGGGAGAAAAUCUUGACUUGGCAGUCACUAAGGAAGAAAUGGUAGCCAUGAUUGGGGAGGGUGUCUGCACAGUGAAAACUCUGACAAAGAAUCACCUGUAUUGUGAACCACCUGAGAAACAGCCGCCAACUCGCCAGCCAUCCAGGCGAGAAGGAGUGGACUCCUUGCCUGAGUUUACAGUGCAAAUUGGGAAUAUUAAUCUGGUUUUGGGAAGGGUGCAGUACGACACUGAGAGCCAGCUCACAUUUCCUCUAGAAGCUCAGAUUGGUUUGGGCGUUGGAGCGUUUUUCGUGGCGCUAAUUGUAUUGAUUAUCGUUCUGAUUUACAGGAGAAAAAGCAAGCAAGCUCUAAGGGAUUACAAGAAAGUCCAAAUUCAGCUGGAAAACCUGGAAACAAGUGUUCGCGAUCGGUGCAAGAAGGAAUUUACAGACCUGAUGACAGAAAUGAUGGACCUCACCAGUGACCUGGUUGGGACAGGAAUACCCUUUUUGGAUUACAAAUCCUACGCAGAGAGAAUAUUCUUCCCUGGACACCGAGAGUCCCCCUUGCAUAGGGACCUUGAUGUUCCAGAGGGAAGACGACAGACAGUAGAGCAGGGUCUAGUGCAGCUCUCAAACCUUCUCAACAGCAAACUGUUCCUCACCAAGUUUAUUCACACUCUGGAAAGCCAACGCACUUUCUCCCCGAGGGACCGCGCUUAUGUUGCUUCUCUCCUCACUGUGUCACUACAUGGGAAGCUGGAAUACUUCACUGACAUCCUUAAAACUCUUCUCAACGAUCUGGUGGAACAGUAUGUGGCAAAGAACCCCAAACUGAUGUUAAGAAGGACAGAGACCGUAGUGGAAAAGCUUUUGACCAACUGGAUGUCUAUCUGCUUGUAUGCCUUUGUGAGGGACUCAGUCGGUGAGCCGCUCUAUAUGCUGUUCCGAGGUAUAAAGCAUCAGGUGGACAAGGGACCCGUGGAUUGUGUGACAGGGAAAGCCAAAUACACUCUGAACGAUAACCGGCUACUGAGAGAUGAUGUAGAGUACAAGACCUUGACACUUAAUGCUGUGACUCAGUCAAACACGGGGGGAAUCGGAGAAGAGGAGGCGCAGGGUGUGCCAGUAAAGAUACUAGACUGCGACACAAUCACGCAAGUGAAAGAGAAAAUCCUAGAACAAAUUUACAAGGGAACUCCGUACGGUUUACGGCCAAACCCAGAGUCUCUGGACCUUGAAUGGCGAUCAGGGCUGGCAGGUCACCUCAUUCUCUCAGAUGAGGAUCUGACGUCUGUGGUCCACGGCUCCUGGAAGAGGCUAAAUACACUUCAGCACUAUAAGGUACCUGAUGCAGCGACAGUCGCUCUGGUUCCUCGGCUCAGCAAGCACAUUCACCCAGAAAACCACGAUUACAUUCCAGGAGAGAAAACUCCAAUGCUUGAGGAUGCAGAUGAGGGUGGAAUAAAACUCUGGCACUUGGUAAAACCUACAGAUGAGCCAGAACUUCCCAAACACAGACGGGGAAGUUUAAGGGACAGAGAGCGAGCUAAAGCGAUCCCCGAAAUCUACCUGACGCGGCUUCUGUCUAUGAAGGGUACACUGCAGAAGUUUGUGGAUGACCUAUUCCAGGUGAUACUCAGCACGAGCCGCCCUGUGCCCCUCGCAGUCAAAUAUUUCUUUGAUCUGUUGGAUGAGCAGGCAUUGCACUAUGGUAUCUUAGACCCUGAGACCAUCCACAUCUGGAAGACAAACAGUUUGCCAUUGAGAUUCUGGAUCAACAUCAUUAAAAAUCCGCAGUUUGUAUUUGAUGUUCAGACAUCGGACAAUGUGGACGCCGUCCUGUCAGUUAUUGCACAGACCUUCAUGGACUCAUGCACUCUCGCUGACCAUAAGCUGGGAAGGGACUCUCCCAUAAACAAGUUGCUGUACGCCAGAGACAUCCCACGUUACAAGCAGAUGGUAGAAAGGUAUUACGCAGAUAUCCGCCAGACAAUCUCAGCCAGCGAUCAGGAGAUGAACUCAGCGUUAGCGGAGCUGUCUAGGAAUUGCUCAGGUGAACUUAAUUCAUUGGUGGCUCUGCAUGAACUCUACAAAUAUAUUAAUAAAUACUAUGACCAGAUUAUCACAGCACUUGAAGAGGAUGCCACUGGCCAGAAAAUGCAACUUGGCUACAGAUUACAGCAGAUUGCAGCUGCUGUGGAAAAUAAAGUUACAGACUUGUGACAUUCACACUGACUCGUACAUUACUGGUCAUACAGACCGUCCCUCUGCGCUCCAUUGAAGAUUUUUAUAAAAUCGCAGAAAGGAAAAUUCUGCCGUUGAGAAGCAGAAACUACCGUAUAAAUAUGUUAUCAUAUUUUCGCCACACGAAAUACUGAGAGCAGGAGCUAAUGCAGAAGGCGGAUGAAAUAUUAAAAAAAUAUAUAUAUAUAUCUGUAUAUUUUUUUUUAUGGAAUAGAAUAAUGGAUUUUUAGCCCAUGAAUUUGGGUACUGUGGUAAUCUUGGACGUUACAAAAAAAAAAAAUAACAGGUGACUUAUAUCUUGCCAUGUGCCAAGGUCUGCGUUUUCAUAUUCAUUGUGGCGCCAUAUUGCUCUGCCUAGUACACAUGAGCCGUCAUCACCGGCCUCCUGCUAACGGACCAGACUGAAGGCCUAUUCGUUCUUGUACAUUCAUGAAUUAUGGUUUUAUGAAGUUACUAAAAGGACAACCAAUAUUUAAACUUUUUAUGUAUCAGUGUAACAUACCAGCUGUACUCACUAAUGGAUAAAACGAAAUCAGUUGAACUUACCUAAACCAACCGGUAUUCUUCUCACUUGAGAGUACAAGGGGGGGGGGGUUAUACAACAUUGUGCACAGAGGCAACUUUAGAUGUAACAACAUUUUUUUUUCUUUGCCUUUGACACAAGUUUUUAUGGUCACAAUUGUAAAUGUUAAAUUUUCCCCAUUUGCUUUCAAUUCCUAAAAAGUUCUUCCUUAUAACUUAAUUCCAUCUUUUGUCUGUCGAUCAUAUGAGCCAUGUUGGAUCAGAAAAAAAAAGGAAUCGAUACAAACCCUUUAUCUUGGCCCUCCCUGGUAUUAAUACCUACCAAUCAGAACCCCUCCCUGAAGGUGCGUGGACAGAACUGCCCACUCCCCUAAAGUGUCAGUGUCCUCCUGAGUCUGACAGUCAGGGUGCCGUGCGCUGUGCGCACAGAAAUAAUUUUUCACUACUCACGCUGCUGCCGGCAGCCAGGCAGCUCCGGGGCCCCCCUUAGCAAGGCGGCUGCCUAUACUGCCUUACACAAGCACCGGCCCUGCUAGGUACCUGUACAAAAUUCUUUGGUUAACCAUGCUUGGAGUCUUUCUCCUAGACCAGUGCACUAAACACAUAUAAAUGAUUGUCUAUAAAUCCAACAGACAGCUCUAACAGUCACUCUUGUUUCAUAGACACAACUUGUAGUAUUCCAUUUAUUGUUUUUUUUUUUUUUGCUGCUCUAAACUGGACGUGUAUAUAUAAUAGUAAAGAAAAUAUUUAAAUACUAAAGGAUUGUAAUUUAUUUUAAAAAAGACAGCACACUGCCCUUAGAUACUUAUUUUGCAUAUUUUGUUUUGUUUAUCAUGUGCAUUUUUUAUUUUAUUUUUUGCUAAUAAUUUCCAGAUAUCAUUGUGCUGGCUUUUUUAAGGAAUUAGAAUUCAUGCCUAACCUAAUAUAAAUAAAAGUCGAAUAAAACUUGAAACUGAAUCUUAUGAGAUAGUGUUAUAACAAUUUAUAGAUUAUGUUCGGAAAGAUACGAAUCUGUGAAAAAGAAAAGCAACUGUUUGCAUCAACUCGUGAAACGAAUGUAAGAAACAGAACAUUCUUAAAAGAAAAAAUUUAAUUAAAAAAUAAAUGGUUGCACAGAUUAUUCAAUAAAAAAAUUCAAUGUA